AUGGUCACCCUGCGCGUGCCCUCCAGUCUCCCCACGACCGAGCCCUCCCCCUCCAUCGCGCCGCCAUCCCUGCAAUGGCUCUCCGGCCCGUGGAACGUAACGCACUCCACGCUGCCCAUGUGGAAGAAGAACAAGAACGUCGUGAUAACAUACACACCCAUCACGUCGAGUUCUCCCCCACGAAUCGAUGACCUAGUCACCUACCAGCCCAUCUCCUCCUCCUCCACGAAGACCGUGCACGGCGUGGACAAGCCCUUCUCAGUGCCGAAUACCGCAGACAGCGGGGAAGAAGGGAAAGCGAGUCUGGCAUACAAUUGGCGCGGCAAGGGCUGGCUCAUGAUUGCGAGCUCCAAGUGGGAGAUACUGGCGCACGGGGACGAAGAAGGCACCGGGAAUGCUUACGUUGUAACCUUCUUUGCGAAGACGUUGUUUACGCCUGCGGGCGUGGAUGUAUACUCACGCAAGGGCAUAUUGAAACCGGAGACGGUGGAGGCCAUCAAGGCAGGCUUGGCGGGUUUGGGCGGCCAGGUCGCGAACAUGACAAAGGAACUUUUUGAGAUUGCUAUGGACGAGGAGAGAAAGUGA